GUCUAAAGAAAUCACUCCGCUAAUGGCAGCACAGUACUUAUAAUUGUCAUUUCUGUCAGUGUCUCUGUCACUUCUGUCAAAUAAACGUCAAUACAAUAUUGUCAAUUGAGAUGAAUCUUUUGGCUUAUUUUCUUGAAUAUUUGUUGUUAUUAAUUUGUUGAUAUUUGUGUGAAAUAUAAGUAAUUUAGGACUUUUUUAAAGAUGGUUAAGUGUUGUGUACCUUUGUGCAAAAACUCGCCAAAAGGCUCGAAAAUGCACAUUUUACCUAAAGAUAAAAAAAUACGCAUCCAGUGGUCUUUGGCAUUGGACAAGAAAAACUUAAUUGAUGUAGAAUCAAAAGAAGAACGUCAAAAAUACAGAGUUUGUUCUGCUCAUUUUGAACAAACAGCUACAUUUAUAUCUGUACGCAACAAGACAAAUUUAAAGUAUGACAGUAUUCCAACAUUAUUUUUACCCUGUUCGUCUACCUCCUUACCUAAUUCUUCUAGUUGUGAAGCAAGCGCCCCUAUGGAAAUAGAUUCGCUCACCACUACUUCUGUUCCAUCUGCUGUUAUACCCAAUUCUAAUUUAGAAAUGGAUAAUAAACAGACUUUUGGAAGGACGAUAUCACAAGUAGCAACAACUCGUAAAGGUGAUAAAUUUUUUAACUUUAUUAUUAACAAAUUAUUAAAUUUGAAUAAUGUUCUUUUUGCUUGUUCUGUUAAUUUUAAUUUAUUGGAAUAUUUGCUAUAA